AUGUCAGUAACGCGUGUUAUUUACGCCCUCAGUGCAAUUGCGUGGCUUCUUGGUGUAUAUUUUACCGCUGCUUCUCCGAUACAGCUCUUUAAUCUCGGCUCUUCUUUGAUCAUGACACCCCAGGACUGCUCAAGGAAACAUCAAGUUAUUCAAAAUGGCAAUCAUUUCAACAACUCCAAGGAGCAGGUCUUUCAGCCUUCUUUCAAGAGGAGGCCAAUUUAUGCCAUUGCGCAUAGGGUCUUAACAACAGUUAAUGGAAUGGAAGCUGCUGUGAAACAUGGUGCAAAUGCUCUUGAGAUUGAUAUGUGGGCCUGGGAUUCCUGGGGAUACAAGGGACGCCCUGGAGCGAAAGCAGAAGACAUGUUCAGAGCAAUCCAACGACAACGGCACGCAGGCAAUACAAUAAACUUUAUCUGGCUGGAUCUGAAAAAGCCUGAUGAGUUCGCAACCGGCAAAAACGCAAACAAAGGACUCCGUGACUUGGCUCAUCAAUACCUCAAAAACUAUAACGUCCGCAUAAUGUACGGAUUUAUGAGAAAGGACGUGGAUGGCCGCUCUUUUCAAGUAGUGAGCAAGUCUCUUAUAACCAGCGAAGCGAUCAGCGUGAACAAUGUGGCAGAGAAGGUUUAUAGGACAUUUGAAAAAGUUGGUCAAAACAUCCCUGUAUCCAAAAGGGUGAUAGAUUACGGUUACUUUGGACUUGGUUUCCAAUUUGGUAUUUGCUACGAAGACGGGUAUUACACCUGCGCUGAGCUAAGGAAAGGGGCAAGAUGCGAGAAGAGGGAAAGUUCGGGAGAGUAUUUGGCUGGACUCUUCAAAAACCAAGCCAAUAUCGCAGAUAAGUUGCUGAGCAUUGCGCAAGUCGAUGGACUUAUUUACGGCCGGAUAUUCUCAUACAAGGAUAGUCAAGCUGUCCGAGCUCCCCUUAACGACAUAAAAUCCUGGAUUGCGACCAACAACGAAGCCCAUUUGCCACUCAGAAAGAUGAUCCUUGGUAAAUCUGGAUCUGCUCAAUACCAAGCAAGGAAUGCGUUAUGUUCUCGCCACUAG